AUGGCCUAUGGCUUCCGCAGCAGCGUCUGGGACCCCGUGCUGAUUAUCAGCCAGAUUGUCUGCAUCCAAUGUCUGUACUACGGCGCUGCUGGCGCCCUGCUCGCCCUCAUGAGCCCGCUCUCCAGUUGGCAAACCAGUCUCAGCCUCCUCUUCGACGACGAGAAGUUGCGUUUCCGUGAUGUGGAGGGUCGUUGCCUCAUCGCUGUUUUCCUGCUUGCGGCCACCGCC